CUCACGAGUACGAGUACUGGAGAACAUCACGGUGCCGAUUGAACGAACAACUCUGAAAUAUCUUCCUUUUAAUUAAUCUGGGAUUGGACAUUGACUACACCCACCAGGGUACAAUUUUCAGAAAAAAGAAUCAAUACCAUGCUGUUCAAACAAGCAACCACCUUACUUGGUUUCCUUGCUGCCGUUGGAACUACAACGACGGCCUUUACUCCAUCGUUCGGCGUCUCUCCUCGCACAGUAUCUAGCCUCCGUUCCACCACCGAAGACAUCGAAAAGAAGAAUGUAGAACAAACCGAGGACACCUCCCGUGAAAAGGUCAUGACCUUCAGUUACGACAUGUCUACAGAAACCAAGUACGAAAAGCCAACCUACAAGGGAACCGGUAACGGUUUGUCUGGAGACUCUGGGGAAUACGACGUGAUCGUGAUUGGAAGUGGUAUGGGAGGAUUGACCUGCGGUGCCCUUUCGGCGAAAUACGGCUCGAAAGUGUUGGUUCUAGAAUCUCACAUCAAGGUUGGAGGAUCUGCUCACACGUUCACCCGUGUCCACAAUGGCGAAAAAUACAGCUUCGAAGUUGGUCCUUCCAUUUUCGAGGGACUCGACAAGCCGUCGUUGAAUCCUUUGCGAAUGGUGUUCGACAUUCUCGAGGAAUCCAUGCCGGUCGAAACCUACAAGGGAUUGGGCUUCUGGACUCCAGAGGGAUACUGGCGAUUCCCAAUUGGUGACAAAAAGGCUUUCGAGGAACUUCUGAUGGAGCAAUGCGGUGAAGAUGGACCGAAGGCAAUUGCUGUGAGUAAAAAAGUUCCUGCGCACUUUUUUUUGAAUCGUUGUGGAAAUAGUGUUGGUAACUUUUCGUGUUUGACAGUGAAAGAAAUUGAAUAUUAUUUGCUUACAUUCCUCCUUCGCUCAAAUCGGAAAAAUUGAAUGUGAAACGUUCUAAUGCCGAUUUCAAUGAAACAAACUCAACAACCACAGGAAUGGAACGCCUUGAGAGAACGUCUCAGAACCCUUGGAGGAUCCACCACCGCGGUCGCACUUCUCAAUCUUCGACAAGAUGCUGGAUUUCUCGCCACAACAGCGGGCGCCCUUCCGUUUGUUGCCACCCAUCCAGAUGUCUUUGCUGAUUUACCUUUGACGUUCGAUGACUUGUCCAAAACAGUUGACGAAAUUGUCACUGUCCCAUUCGUCCGCAAUUUCAUCGAUCUCAUGUGCAUCUUCUGCGGAUUCCCUGCAAAGGGUGCCAUGACUGCUCACAUUCUUUACAUUCUCGAGAGAUUUUUCGAAGAAGAUGCUGCCUUUUCUGUGCCUGUCGGUGGAACUUCCCAGUUGGGUGAAACCAUCCAACGGGGACUGGAAAAAUUUGGCGGAAAGCUUCAACUCAAUGCCCACGUCGACGAAAUUCUUAUCGAAGAUGGACGUGCUGUUGGAGUUCGUCUUAAGAACGGAAAUGUCGUCAAGGCGCGAAAGGCUGUCGUCUCGAAUGCUACGCCAUUUGAUACCGUCAAAUUGAUGCCCGAAAAGGAGGACGAACCCAAAAAGCUUACCAAGUGGCGAAAUGAUCUUGGUACCCUGCCUCGUCAUGGUGCCAUCUCCCACUUGUUUUUGGGGAUUGACGCGAAGGACUUGGAUCUUUCCUUUAUCGAUGACCCUGCCCACUUGGUUGUACAAGAUUGGGAUCGAUCGAUGCAAGAUUCUCAAAAUCUCUGCUCGUUCUUCAUCCCAUCCCUUCUCGACAAGUCGGUUUGCCCCGAAGGAAAACACGUCAUCCAUGUUUACUCUUCCGGUGGAGAACCCUACGAACCAUGGGAGAAGCUUAAAUCUGGCUCGCCCGAAUACGAGGCGUACAAGGAAGAGCGUGUCGAGGUCUUGUUCAGGGCUGUUGAAAGAUGCAUUCCCGACAUUCGUGACCGUCUUGAAUUCUCGAUCAUCGGAAGUCCUCUGGCACACGAAGCCUUCUUGCGAAGAGAUCGCGGUACAUACGGUAUGGCGUGGGCCGCCGGUUCGUCCGCUCCCCAAGCUGGACUGUUGGGCAAGGUCUUGCCCUUCCCCUUCCCUAACCUGAAGACACCCGUCGAUGGAUUGCUGCGAUGUGGUGACUCUUGCUUCCCUGGAAUUGGCACCCCGUCUGCCGCUGCUUCGGGUGCCAUUGCCGCAAAUACUAUGACGCACGUCGACAAUCACAUCCAACUCCUCAAAGAGGCCAGCCAGAAGGAUCCGAUGUACAAAUUCUUGGACCCGGGAUUCAUGGCCGAGGUUUACAAACCUUUGGUCCAGGGAUUCACACCGAGUGCCGAGCUGAGAAACGAACGCUUUGCUGCCGGGGCCGGAGUUGCCCCUGUGAACCACACAGCAAAUAACAAAGCAAGAGAUGCUGCCGCUGCGGAAAAAUAGCUGAAACACUAGUCUUAUUUUAAUCUAUAGGUCGAACGCGGUAAUAGCAGCUCUGAUUAUAUAAUAUGUGCAAUCUUUACGACA